CGUUUACUAGUUGGUCGAUUUAAGAUUUCGUAUUCUCCAUUAAACUUUAGUGUUAAAGAAAGCUUUCAGAUUAUUGGAAUGGGAAAUUGUCUCUCAGCUUCGACACCUCCCACCCAAUCAAAUGCUCCCAUUUCAGUGGAGGAGGGUGUGAAAGUCUUCACGGUGGCAGAGCUGAAGAAAGCGACUAAUGAUUUUGGAAACCAGAUGGAAAUAGGAGAAAGCUUGGGAUACAUCAAUCCCAAGACGUUAUCUCCGGCAAAGAAUGGUGUUGGCAUGGCCGUCGCGGUCAAGAAAAUUUACUUAGCCAAUGAACAAGCUUUUCAAGAUUGGCUUGUUGACGUAGAGUUUCUACGACAUAAUUCUCAUCCAAGCUUGGUGAAACUCAUUGGCUACGGUUAUGAUCGUGAUAUGUUGUUUAUUGUGUCUGAAUACUUUCCAAAUGGAAGCUUAGGAAGUUACAUUGAUAGAGAUAGUCGUCCAAAGUCAUUGUCGUGGGAGACACGACUCAAGAUAUCCAUAGGAGCGGCUCAAUGUCUUGCCUUCUUGCACUCUAGGAAGCAAGCCGGCCUCUACCGCAGAUAUCUCACCGCUUCUAAAAUCCUGCUCGAUUCGGACUUCAACGCAAGAGUUUCCUAUUUUGGAAAGCCAAAAGUUUCUCUUGAUGAACUGGUACACGCCACCCAGUUUGCAAAUGAAGCACCGAGAUAUCAAUAUCCACCUCCCGAAUACAUACUCUCAGGCAACAAUCUUCUGCUUCAUCCUUAUAUCUUCUAGUUAAAAGUGACCAUUAAAUUCUGGCGCAGCGU